GCUUUGGCUUUAAAUCUCGGUUGAAUGAGACCUAUCAUAGCCCUGUCAAAGCUGUCUUCCUUCAUAGCUGUACACAUCUUUCUCUAUCUUACUUUCUCUGUAUUUUCAAGCAGUAGUUUGAAGACUUCAAGGAAGGUACAGGCAAUUGUGGGACUAGCGAUUCCACAUUUUUUGUUCAGUCUCUGUCUUUGACCCGGUUCUGUUUUGCUGAGCCUGAUCCAUUUUGAUAUCAGUCGUUGUGGUCUCUUGGCACUGUUGUUCCUGGAGGCCUGAGGAUUUAGGGACAGAACUGGGGACCCCUCAGCAGGAAAAAAAGAGGCAGUCGAAAUGCAAGAUUUGGUAUCCAAAAUGAUGUCGUAUUAUGAGUAUUUAUUGCACAGAACCGACCACCGGUUGUUGUCCUAUCCGUUGAUGCAAACCCCCUUCCUGAUGACCUCCAUCCUCCUGGGCUAUGUGUUCUUCUCACUGUACGCCGGUCCUAGGCUGAUGGCCAACCGCAAGCCCUAUCAACUUAAAGAGGCCAUGAUCAUCUAUAACUUCAGCAUGGUGGCCCUGAACGCCUUCCUAGUUCACGAGUUCCUGAUGUCAGGGUGGGGUACCACUUUCACCUGGAGAUGUGACCUAUGCGACUACUCAAGCAGCCCGCAAGCCCUAAGGAUGGUCCGAGUUGCCUGGUGGUUUUAUUUUUCUAAAUUCAUAGAACUUCUGGACACAUUAUUCUUUGUGCUGCGUAAGAAACACAGCCAGAUCACAUUUCUUCACGUCUUCCAUCACUCUUUCAUGCCCUUCACAUGGUGGUGGGGAAUGACCAUCGCUCCUGCAGGGGGAAUGGGCUCGUUCCAUGCCAUGGUCAACGCGUGUGUCCACGUCAUUAUGUACACAUACUACGGCCUGUCCGCUGCAGGACCCCGUUUUCAGAAAUAUCUCUGGUGGAAGAAGUACAUGACCGCAAUCCAGCUGAUCCAGUUUGUGCUGAUCUCUCUUCACAUUUCUCAGUACUACUUCAUGGAGAAGUGUGAUUAUCAGGUGCCCAUGUUCAUUCACCUCAUCUGGAUGUAUGGUACCUUCUUCUUCAUACUGUUCUCCAACUUCUGGAUUCAGGCCUAUGUGAAGGGUAAACGUCUGCCCUCGGCAAAUGGGGAGAAGCUGAAGCAGAAUGGCUUUACUAAUGGGGUUACCAAUGGCAUUACCAAGGUCAACGUCACUGUGGUUCCUAACAACAAACCCCUGGAAAAUGGCAAUGGAACAACACCGCACCGUGUCAACGGUCAUUUUCAACUAGGCAAAGUGAAGGAAAUCUAGCUUUGAAAGGGAAACCGAACUGACUCUCUGAAAGAGCCACCGAAAUGCCAAAGAUUCCCCCCAAAAUGCUAAUCUUUUUUUUUAUAUUAGCUAUGGAUAAUUUUGCUCAAUGUAUAUUUUAUAUUUAUGCACAGUUUGUGGGAUAUGAAUGGCUAAAUUGAUUAAGCUGUAUGCCCCUACAUGCCACACUGAAGUCGUUCCGUCGUAGGUGUUUGGGGGAACUGCUACAAGAGCGCACUGAAUGAAGAGAGGUAGUCGUCACUAAUUCACCACAAACCCAUGUUUGAAAUGACUGAUGAUAGCCUUGCCAUGAACUCUUUGUUCUGGUUGUUCGGCUGGUAUGACUCGUGUUGCUUGAGAAUGUUUUAGUUUCCACUGAAAAGACUGAAAAGUCCUUGUAAACUGCUUACACAGUUCACUUUCUAAGAGGUGGGGUUUGUUAUCGAUGUUCAACCAUUUAGUUUUUUUGCUGCUGUUUGUGUACUGGUAUUUAACUUUUUGAAAUAAAACCAAUUUUAAGGCAGAUUUAUUACCCACUUGUAACACCAGACAUCCACAAAAGCCCAGCUGUAUCCAGUUUGCAUUAGUGAUGAGUUCCACAAGUCAGUCAAAACCUUGUUCUUCAUCAAAUGUACUUUUAAGGUGGCCAGACUUCAGAAUAAAGCAAUUACAGGGUGAGUAUCUGGUAAUCUGCCCAUGUCCCUGUGGUCUUACCUAGUAUAGUUUAAGUGUGUGGUUAAUUUUCCUUUUAAGCAUUUACUAAACUUAGAGCAUCUUUACCCCAACAUCAGGGUCAUGAGUGUUAUGGAUUCUAUUAAAUUAGCAGGUUAAACCUGUUAAGUGUCAAACAUGGAGUUUGAACUUAUUGGAAAAAGGAUCCCAAAAAUAGACUAGUUUAAUACCAUUUCUAUUCUUACCAUUUAGCCAGGUAAGAAUCACUGGCUGGGCAGUUCUUUAGAACCCAUUUCAGUUAAAACACCAGACAUGAAUCUGUUAUGACCUAAAAAUGUCAUCUUCACAGGGUACAUAAUCUGCACUAAACUACAUUCACAAUGGACUGUACCUUCAGUUACUUGACCUUGAGACCAGUCUGCUCUGGGAUUUCUCAACCUGCACAUCCAAUGCUCUUUUGGGUUCAUCUCACAACUGCCCUCCUGUGCUCAUUUGAGAGGGACACUACCCAGAGUGCUACCUCAGCUGUUAAGUAGGUGGACUGUUAAGCUUUUGCCACACUUGCUUAUUUACACCAAAUUGUGUACUUUCACAGAAAUUGGCUAUUUCUGAAGAGGCAUUUUGUAUGUUAAGAAUUUAAAGAGCAUACAUUUUUGGCACCUGUCCCCUGACAAAUCUCUACAGUGUUAUCAUGUGCACACUAGUCAGAUGUUAAU